CCAUAGAAACAAAGUUCAAAACAUAAGUUAAUACCAUUUUAUUACAUAGAGUUUAUGUAAUCAAAUUAAUGUAUUUGUGAUUAAUACGGUACAUAAUGUAAUAUUUAGUUUCACACUUUGAAAGUGAUAAUAUGUCUGAUACUGAUGACGAAGAAUCAGUGGGAAGGUCUGUUAAAUUUACUCUGGUUGGGGAACCUUUGACUGGCAAGAGUACUCUAUGUCACUAUUACCUUGGAGGAGGAGGGGUAUCGGGCAGCACACAUGGUGCGGAGGUGAUGGCUGGACAGUGUUUUGAGCUGCGGCCACCAGUACCACUACAGCUGUGCGAUGUGGCCGGUAAUACAUUACACACAUCUAUGCUUGAAAACUAUUUGUAUGGUUCAGAUGUAAUUCUCUUUGUAUACGACUUGACAAACUUACAGAGUUUCGAAAAACUUAACGAGUGGUUUUUAAAAGUAAGGAAAAUAGUAGAGGAGGGAGAAAAGAAGCCAAUUAUGGCUCUGUUCGGAAACAAAACAGAUUUGGAGCACCAGAGGGCUGUAAGGAUAUCAUGUGUUCAAAAAUUUGCAUCUGAAUAUCUUUUAGAACACUUCAAAGGGUCUGCAAAGACUGGUGAAAAGGUAAACACGACCUUUACGAGUCUAGUGGCUCGUGCUCUCGGUAUCAAGGCGCCGGCAGCGAGCCCCUACAACAAGACAGUGUUGCUGCAAGCGGUGGAGGCUGCCUCGACCGUACCCGUACAGGCACCGGCACAGACCCUCAUCAUGAACAGGAAAGCUCUCAGGAAACUACAGAGAAACGCCUCGUCAUCAGUUUGUUGUGUUCAAUAA